AAAUGCCAGUAGAAUGAUGGUUCUCUGGCCCCCAAUCAUCCACCUCCAGCUGACCUGCCUGCUGCUCCUCUCACUGUCGCGUCGUCUGGAAGCGCUAGAUGCCAUUGAGAUCAUCAACUACCAGACCACCAAGUACACUCGACUCGGUGAUCCUUGGACGCAGCAGGAAGGAGCGCCGGCAGCGUCGUCAGGCGAGGAAAGGGAGGAAAGCUAUUUGAAAUUCGAUGACGACGCUGAGGUGAUGCCACCCGCCUCCGAAGUGCUGCACGAAGGAGCCUUUUGUCGGCGCAGCUUUGACGGACGCAGUGGAUACUGCAUCCUGGCCUACCAGUGCCUGCAUGUGAUACGGGAGUAUCGGGUUCACGGCACCCGCAUUGACAUUUGCACCCAUCGGAACAACGUGCCGGUUAUCUGCUGCCCCCUGGCCGACAAGCAUAUCCUGGCCCAGCGCAUCAGUGCAACAAAAUGCCAGGAGUACAACUCUGCCACUAGGCGCCUGCAGCUGGCCGAUGCUGGCAGAACAUUCUCCGGGAAACAGUGCGUGCCCAGCGUGCCUCUGAUAGUGGGUGGUACACCCACGCGACACGGCCUCUUUCCACACAUGACCGCCUUGGGUUGGACGCAAGGCAGCGGCGAUAUCAAAUGGGGCUGCGGCGGCACGCUGGUCAGCGAGCUCUACGUCCUGACGGCCGCCCACUGUGCCACCUCGGGUAGCAAGCCCCCGGACAUGGUUCGCCUAGGUGUUCAGCAGCUGAAUGUGACCAGUGCGGCGCAGCAGGACAUCAAGAUCCUUAUCAUCAUCUUGCAUCCGAAGUAUCGAUCCUCCUCCUACUACCACGACAUUGCCCUGCUAAAACUAACCAAGCGGGCCCAGCUUUCGGAUCAGGUGCGUCCCGCGUGCCUCUGGCAAGUGCCGGAGCUGCAGAUCAAAAGCGUCGUGGCCGCUGGCUGGGGGCGCACCGAGUUUCUCGGGGCCAAGUCAAAUGCCCUGCGACAGGUGAACCUGGAUCUGAUACCGCAGCAGCGAUGCAAGCAGAUGUACCGCAAGGAGCGACGGCUGCCACGCGGCAUCAUCGAUGCCCAGUUCUGUGCCGGCUAUCUGCCAGGUGGCAGGGACACGUGCCAGGGUGACUCCGGCGGACCUCUGCACGCUGUUCUUCCGGAAUACAAUUGCGUGGCCUUUGUCGUCGGCAUCACGUCCUUUGGCAAGUUCUGUGCGGCACCCAAUGCUCCGGGCGUUUACACCAGGAUAUACAGCUACCUCGACUGGAUAGAGAAGAUUGCGUUCAAACAGCGCUAGACCUGGGCCUAGACAACCUAGCUUUACUUUACAAUGUUUUAAAAAUUAAAAAUUACUGAUUAAUUUAACAAAUUUGAUUUGAGAUCCCCUCAAUCCAGUUUAAGAAAUUUAAUGAAUAAUGUUGAAUGGAAAACCAAUAAAAUGAUUCAUUAAAUCAA